CCUGGGCACAAGGACGAUUAACGGUUAAAUAGAUUUGGGGCGAAACUGAAGACUGAACUCCGAAGUGUUAUAUUAUAAAGUCAUGGGCCAAAAGUGAUUAACGGAAUAAUCCAUAACUUGUAUGUAUGUAGUUAACGUGGAAGGAUUGGGUGAAGACGAAGGGUUUGGCUUAGACUUAGAUGGAGUCGCGUGGACACUCAAACCCGCUUCUGUCAUUUUCCAGCUUCAUCCAUCAACACUGCGUCCGCUUAGGGUCCGACCUCGCGACUCGUUUGGAUGACACGAAGCGAGCCCUAGCUCAAUCUCAUCAUAAUCUUGUCUUCCCCAAACACGCCCUCGCCCACGCCGCCACUGCUACCCUGGGCUCCCAGCACGUGGCUAAGUCCCUCGUCGGCACCUCCGUUUUCACCGUCAGCAAUUCCAACAAUGAGUUCGUUCUUAUCUCCGACCCCGACGGUGCCAAGUCCAUUGGAUUGCUUUGCUUUCGCCAAGAGGACGCCGAAGCCUUUCUCGCUCAGGUUCGAUCACGGAGUAGAGAGCUUCGAAGCAAGGCUAGGGUUGUUCCAAUUACUCUCGACCAGGUAUACAUGUUGAAGGUUGAAGGCAUUGCCUUCCGAUUCUUACCUGAUCCUGUUCAAAUAAGGAAUGCUUUGGAGCUUAAACCAGUCAACAAGGGAGGUUUUGAUGGAGUUCCUGUUUUUCAGUCGGAGCUUUUGGUUGUGAAGAAGAGGAAUAAGCGUUACUGCCCUGUGUAUUUCUCUAAGGAGGAUAUUGAGCAGGAACUGUCCAAAGUUUCCAGGGCAUCAAGAGGACCUGGUGUUUCUCAGCAUAUAGCGGUUGGUAGCUUGGAAGAUGUACUGAGAAAAAUGGAGAUGAGUGAAAGGAAUUCAGGAUGGGAGGAUUUGAUUUUUAUUCCACCAGGAAAAAGUCGCUCUCAACACAUACAAGAACUUAAUGAAUGAUUCCCAGGGUGCGAAUUUAAGCUAACCAUGAUUUCAUGUGGUUUUCUUGAGCAAAUUGGAUGUUACUGUUGUGACAAUUUAGUCGGCUGGUGAGAUGCUAGGACCUCUGUCUUCAAAUAGUUGUGCUCUUCCUUCUGAGGCGAAUACUGCACUAAGAUUCUCAGUGGAUAUAAGGUAAAUGUGUAUGUGAGAGGACGUAAACGCUAACAUACAUUUCAAUUAAGAGGUCGUUCCACCAUUUGUUGAGCAUGCUAAAUACCAAAUGUAUGAGGGGUGUUCGUACUCAUACAUGUACAGAUAAUUUAUUUGUUUUGGCAAUAGCUGUAAUCCUUUUCCUUGAAUUCUACUUUUAUUAGUUCAGGGAAGAGAAUGAUCUUCAUUUACAUUUGAUACCCAUACUGUUUUUGAAGAUGAGAGAUCUAGAAAUUUUUGUUCUAUCUUUCGAUGGAGAUUAAGGAGGAGGUUAUCACGAUUCACAACCC